AUGCCGUCCAAGGGUCAGUCUCGCUCUAAGGGGGGCGAGGAGGCUAAGGUGCCCCUCCAGGCGGUGGUCCUGGCGGACUCGUUCACUCAUCGCUUCCGCCCGAUCACGCUGGAGAGGCCCAAGACCCUGCUUCCGCUCGCGAACGUGCCGAUGAUCGAGUACACCCUCGAGUUCCUCGCCAGCAACGGCGUGGAGGAGGUGUUCAUCUUCUGCUGCGCGCACGCGGAUCAGCUCACGCAGUACAUCGAGAACAGCGCGUGGAGCAGCACCGCCGGCUUCGUCGUUCACACCAUCGUGAGCACCAACUGCAUCAGCGCCGGCGAGGCGCUCCGACUGAUCGACCACAAGCACGUCAUCCGGUCCGACUUCAUCCUCAUCAGCGGCGACACCGUGGCCAACAUGGACCUCCGCAGGGCCCUCGAGGCGCACAGGGAGCGACGCAAGACGGAGAGGCUGGCGAUCAUGACCUGCUGCUUCAAGACCAUCACGCGGCGCCAGAGGGAGGAGCACCUCGGCGAAUCCAACCUCGUGGUGGCCAUGGACCCGGCCACCGGUCGAGUCCUGCACUACGACGAGCAGGCUUCUCCCUCCCUCCCCGACGCCAACGCCUCGCCGAAGAGGGCCAAGGCGAAGCUGAGCCCGCUGUCCCUGGACGCGAGCCUCUUCAGCGAGCACCCCUCCGUCAGGGUGCGAACCGACCUGCAGGAUUGCCACGUCGACAUCUGCGCGCCCGAGGUGCUCAUGCUCUUCACCGACAACUUCGACUACCAGCACCUCCGCCGGGACUUCGUGUGCGGCACCCUGAACGAGCGCGAGCUCGGAAACAACAUCUACGCCCACGAGCUCGGCGCGCGCGAGUACGCCACGCGAAUCACCAACCUCCGAACCUACGACGCCGUCAGCCGCGACGUCAUCGGACGAUGGGUCUACCCCGUGUGCCCCGACGUCAACUGCCUGCCACGCGGUGAUCCCACCGCGUUUACACACAGGUGGCCGCAGACGUACCUGGAAAAGGGUGCCGACGUGGACCCAAGCGCCGUCGUCGGCGCCGGGUGCGUCGUCGGCGCCGGAUGCGUCGUCGGGCCCGGCGCGAAAAUCUCUCGAUCGGUUCUCGGCCGCGGCGUCGUCGUCGGCGCCGGCGCGUCAAUCGAUGGAUCGUACGUCAUGCAAAACGCUAAGAUCGGCGCGAACGCGUCCGUGACGAGCGCGCUCGUGUGCGAGGGCGCGGUGGUUCACGAGUCCGCGGUUAUCGGUAAAGGCGCGAUUAUUGCGUAUGAUGUCGUGGUUGGAGCCGGUCACGUCGUCGCCGACUACUCGCGCAUCUCGCUCGCGCCCCAGCCCGCGCACGACGACGACGUGGACUCGGACGACGAGCUCGAGAUUGGUUCCUUCGGCGGCGGCGGCGGCGCGCGUCUCAGCGACCCGUCGCGGCAGAUGGCGAGGUCCGACAGCAAGGGGAGCUUCGGCGGCGGUGGCGGGUUCGACGAGGACGACGACGAGGGACCCGGCGGCGUAUACCUCACCGACCUCGAUCGCGCGCUGCUGCAGCGCGCCAAGGAGGGAACGGCGGGAGACGCGACGACCGAGCGGUGGGCGCCCGAGGGCGUCGGCGUCGGCGGCGCGGGUCACGCGUGGGCGCCGCGGUGGGGCGAGGAGGAGUGGAGGUUCGGCAUCGCGCCCGUCCCUCCGGGAUCGUCGGACGCGGCUUACGCCAGGGACGACGCGCUGGACUCCGACGACGACGACGCGCACGUGCGAAGCGGCGCGAAGCCGGCGGCGGUUGGCGGAGGCGACGGUUCGAAUUCCGGGACGGACUCGGACGGCGAGGGCGAGGCGCUGGAGUCUCACUUUAGGAAGGAAGUCGCGGAGACGUUUCUUCGGUGCGUGAAGCACGGGUACGAGCAGGCGAACGCGGUGGUGGAGCUGCAGGGUUUGAAGAUGGCGGAGAACCGCACGUUCGCCGACAUCGCUCGGUACGUCCUGAUGACGAUCCUCGGCUUGUCCCUUCCCGCGCCGAGGGACGUCACGAAGGAGAACUCGAAGCUGUACCCUGCCAAGGCUCCCGAUAACACCCCGGCGCUUCUCAAGUCGAUUCGCGAGCGCCUCAAGCAGUGGGCGCCGCUCCUGAGCAGGUUCUUAAAGUCCGAGGACGACCAGGUGGAGAUGCUUCUCACGCUGGAGGAUUACUGCGCGGAGGAUGAGGUGUUCAAGGGGAUGCACGGCGCGCUGUUGGUGCCCAGCUUUGCAAAGAUUCUUCACCUGCUCUACGACAUGGACGUGCUGAGCGAGGUGAGCGUCCUGGCCUGGGCGGAGGAGAAGGGCCUGGCGGGCGAGGAGGACAAACGGUUCCUGAAGCUGGCGCAGCCGUUCGUGGACUGGCUGAAGGAGGCGGAUUCGGAGAGCGACGGUUCGGGUUCGGACUCCAGCGAGGCCUCCUCGUCAGACGAGGAGUGA